AUCGAUCCGAUCCAACACAAUCCAGUGCGAGACAAACGUGUUUCGCAGCAAGACUGGGAUGACGGAUGUUGUUUGAAGGUUACCCACCUCAUGAUGUCUGCUACUCCAGAUUCUGGGCAGCUUUACUACUGCCAGCUCUGCGGUAACGUCAAAGAGCUACGGCGAUGUGCCAGGUGCAACGCCGCUUAUUACUGUUCAAAAGAACACCAAAAGCAGCACUGGCCCGCCCAUAAACAUGUUUGUAAACCAGCACGACCCUUUGCACAACAGCCACAACCACCGGCGCAGGCUCAGUCGCAAGUCAUGUCGUCUGAAAUACCUCAAAUGCCAGAUACGUCAUAUGAUCCAAAUGAUCCGGUUAACCAAGCCUGGUGGAAUGACACUCUGUCAUCCCUCGGGAUUGGCCAGCCGGAGCAGGCGACAAGUACGACGGAGUUACCCAAGCCCACUUCAAGCUGGAUUCAACAAAUGUGCCGAAAUGUUAUCGACGAUAUGAACCAGUAUGGCAUUUGCGUGAUUGACAAUUUCCUAGGGUCCGUGAGAGGCACAGCGGUGCUAGAAGAGGUGAAGGCUUUGUACAGUAGUGGCAUGUUCAGAGAUGGCCAACUUGUAAAUAAUCGCGAAGGAUCAAGGGGGAUCGUUCGAGGUGACCGCAUUAUUUGGUUGGACGGCACCGAACCCAGCUGUCCGUCCAUUGGAUUUUUAGUUCGAACUCUAGAUUCAAUUAUCACUCGCUGCACGCGCAGCGACAAAUGCGGAAUGCUCGGCCAGUACAACAUAAACCAAAGAACAAAGGCUAUGAUAGCGUGCUAUCCUGGCAAUAACACACAUUAUGUCAAGCACGUGGACAAUCCAAACCAAGAUGGCCGUUGUGUUACAAGCAUCUAUUAUUUGAACAAGAACUGGGAUAUUAAGGUCCAUGGAGGAUUACUCAGGAUGUUCCCACUCGGACAAGAAAACCAAGUUGCCAACAUCGAGCCUCUGUUUGACCGCAUGCUGUUCUUCUGGUCAGACAGGCGCAACCCACACGAGGUUCUACCAUCCUUUGCAGUCAGAGGAUUUCCCCCCUUGCUUCCCUUUCCAAACUGCAUUACCAAAGGUACAAAUUUUCUUUUUUUGGUGGGGGUGAGUGGUUAACCUCCUCCGGUCACACCCCUGGCCUUGAAGUAAACACAACAUGUAGAUUUCUUUCUGUUCAUCCGGUGUGACUGAGGAUGUACUCUAUCAAGAUGUCGAUGCACCAAUUUUAAGCUGCACUGUUGUAGACACUACUAGUAUCUGCAACCGUGCAGCUUGAAGCCUACAACAUAUUAGUACUAGAAGCGUGCAUACCAUGCGGAAGUAGAUGCUGUCAGUGUUAUCCACGCUCCCCUCCAGGCAUGAUUUUCUGUCUUUUUUUUACUGUUCACUUUUGUCAGGUACAACAGAGCUUUGUUUCUUUGGAUUUGCAAACGUAGUCUGAUGACAUAAAAAUACCAGGACUGCAUUC